GAGCCCAUUAGAAGACGAACAGAAAGGCUUGGCAGUUCGACUUCAUGAGUUUCAAAGACGUUCAGUCGAGCAAAGGUCCAUAUACAGUCCUUGCAGUCAGCACGAACUUUGAUCUCAGCUCAUGCGUUAUUGCCUAAGCUGCGGGAAAAUCUGAGCAGAGCACAUCACUGGCGACUUGACAAACCGUGGCGUCGCAGAUGAUGUCGGUAAGAAGGACAGGGUGCUCGUCAUUGAUGAUCUGGCGGUAGAUCGGCACACAGUCACAAGCCAGCAGCCAUAGACGGCCUACAUCCCGGCAGCCGUCCGUCCUGGAAUUCAGAAAGGGCUGAGAACUCGCCCCCAUUCUAGAUUUGCGGCGCUCGUUCGGACAGGUCUAGGUGCAGCGCGAAUCGUGCUACCUGCUACUCAAGAUGGCUCCAUCAUCCUCAUCAGCAUAUGCGCCAAUCUUCGGCUCGAGCGGCCUGCCGUCAGCAGUGUACAGUCGUCGCUUAUCGUUUUUUCCCUGGUCCACCUUUAUGGGCUUGUUUGAUCUCAAACAGGGGAGCACCGUUAUCUCGCUUUUUGCUCUCUUCAACAAGAUCGCCGGCGUCUACGGAAUCUUGGCCGUCUUCUCGGGCGGCACAUUCGCGCAGGUCAGCCUGUAUGCCUACAGCAUUCUGAGUAUCGGAGCUCUGCUAUGGGGCUUGCGAGGCAUCAGUGACGAGGACCCACGAGUAGUCCUCCGUUACUCUCAUUUUUUCGCCUUCGAUCACCUUCUCUCUUCCUUCUGGACAUUCUUCUUCGCCUACUCGACCUUUUCAGCUCCCCACAAAGGCGAGCGGCCGCCACUUGCGCUGCAUCAGCAAGGCUUAAUGGACCUGAUCGAAAACCUCGAAUUACAGUACGAGAUUCCAGGCAAGGUGCAACAUCACAGCCCCAUCACGGGAGAAGCGAGGGUACAUGGAGCACAAGAGGUGUGGAACUUCGAGAAGGGGUUCGCCGCGACUGUUUUGAUAGCGGGGUGGCUCUUGAAGAUUUUCUUUGCUCUCACGCUCUACUCGUACGCCUUGCAUCUACGGCACAAUACAGUGAGUUCAUCCUUACGCUAUUCUUUAGACGCAAGCAGCUGCACUAACAAAGCACGUGUGACCUGCGUUAUCUUCAGUACGCAUCAUUACCAUUUGCGAAAUCAUCACAAGCCAGCCUGCACAACAUUUUACUGCAACCUGACCGAACAGUUGCAGACGAUGACAUGA